UUCGUGCUGGGCGCGCGGGCGCGGCCGGGCCGUGUUCGCCGGUGCACCGGGUCCCCCUUGCGCGGGCUCCAACCGCCAGCCCGGCCGGCGCCAUGUACGCCGUGUACAAGCAGGCGCACCCGCCCACCGGCCUGGAGUUCGCCAUGUACUGCAACUUCUUCAGCAACAGCGAGCGCAGCCUCGUGGCGGCCGGCUCCUCGCAGCUCUACGUGUACCGCCUCAACCGCGACGCCGAGGCUCUGACCAAGAACGACAGGAGCACAGAGGGGAAGGUGCUCCGGGAGCACCGGGAGAAGCUGGAGCUGGUGGCCUCCUUCUCCUUCUUCGGGAACGUCAUGUCCAUGGCCAGCGUGCAGCUGGCAGGUGCCAAGCGGGAUGCCCUGCUCCUGAGCUUCAAGGACGCCAAGCUGUCGGUGGUGGAGUACGAUCCCGGCACGCACGACCUGAAGACCCUGUCCCUGCACUACUUCGAGGAGCCCGAGCUGCGGGACGGGUUUGUGCAGAAUGUGCACACGCCGCGGGUGCGGGUGGACCCGGACGGGCGCUGCGCCGUCAUGCUCAUCUAUGGCACGCGGCUGGUGGUCCUGCCAUUCCGCAGAGAGAGCCUGGCUGAGGAGCACGAGGGGCUCAUGGGCGAGGGGCAGCGCUCCAGCUUCCUGCCCAGCUACAUCAUCGACGUGCGGGCCCUGGACGAGAAGCUGCUCAACAUCGUGGACCUGCAGUUCUUGCAUGGCUACUAUGAGCCCACCCUGCUCAUCCUGUUCGAGCCUAACCAGACCUGGCCCGGGCGGGUGGCCGUGCGGCAGGACACGUGCUCCAUUGUGGCCAUCUCCUUGAACAUCACUCAGAAGGUCCACCCGGUCAUCUGGUCCCUCACUAGCCUGCCCUUUGACUGCACACAGGCCCUGGCUGUGCCUAAGCCCAUAGGUGGGGUGGUGGUCUUUGCUGUCAACUCGCUGCUCUACCUGAACCAGAGCGUCCCCCCGUACGGUGUCGCCCUCAACAGCCUCACCUCGGGCACCACAGCCUUCCCGCUACGCACGCAGGAGGGCGUGAGGAUCACCCUGGACUGUGCCCAGGCUGCCUUCAUCUCUUACGACAAGAUGGUCAUUUCCCUCAAGGGUGGUGAGAUCUACGUGCUGACGCUCAUCACCGACGGCAUGCGCAGCGUCCGCUCCUUCCACUUUGACAAGGCGGCCGCCAGCGUCCUCACCACCAGUAUGGUCACCAUGGAGCCCGGGUACCUGUUCCUGGGCUCCCGCCUGGGCAACUCCCUCCUGCUCAAGUACACGGAGAAGCUCCAGGAGCCCCCGGCCAGUGCUGUGCGCGAGGCAGCCGACAAGGAAGAGCCACCCACAAAGAAGAAGCGCGUGGAUGGUGCCGUGGGCUGGUCAGGGGGCAAGACGGUGCCCCAGGACGAGGUGGACGAGAUUGAAGUGUACGGAAGUGAGGCCCAGUCGGGCACACAGCUGGCCACCUACUCCUUCGAGGUGUGCGACAGCAUCCUCAACAUCGGACCCUGCGCCAACGCGGCCAUGGGCGAGCCCGCCUUCCUCUCUGAAGAGUUCCAGAACAGCCCUGAGCCGGACCUGGAGAUCGUGGUCUGCUCCGGCUACGGGAAGAACGGGGCGCUGUCGGUGCUGCAAAAGAGCAUCCGGCCCCAGGUGGUGACGACCUUCGAGCUGCCGGGCUGCUACGACAUGUGGACGGCCAUCGCGCCCGUGCGGAGGGAGGAGGAGGAGACCCCCAAGGGGGAGGGGGCGGAACAGGCACCCAGUGCCCCCGAGGCCGAAGAGGACGGGAGGAGGCAUGGCUUCCUGAUCCUGAGCCGGGAGGACUCCACCAUGAUCCUGCAGACGGGCCAGGAGAUCAUGGAGCUGGACACCAGCGGCUUCGCCACACAGGGCCCCACGGUCUUUGCCGGCAACAUUGGUGACAAUCGCUACAUUGUGCAAGUGUCGCCGCUGGGCAUCCGCCUGCUGGAAGGAGUGAACCAGCUGCAUUUCAUCCCUGUGGACCUGGGCUCCCCAAUUGCUCACUGCGCCGUGGCCGACCCCUAUGUGGUUGUCAUGAGUGCCGAGGGCCAGGUCACCGCGUUCCUGCUCAAGAGUGAUUCGUAUGGAGGCCGCCACCACCGCCUGGCGCUGCACAAGCCCCCGCUGCACCACCAAUCCAGGGUCAUCACGCUUUGCCUGUACCGCGACGUCAGCGGCAUGUUCACCACCGAGAGCCGACUGGGUGGGGCCCGUGACGAGCUGGGGGGCCGCAGCGGCGUGGAGGCCGAGGGCCUGGCCUCUGAGACCAGCCCCACGGUGGAUGACGAGGAGGAGAUGCUCUACGGGGAUUCAGGCUCCCUGUUCAGCCCCAGCAAGGAAGAGGCCCGCCGGAGCAGCCAGCCCCCCGCUGACCGCGAGCCCCCCACCUUCCGGGCCGAGCCCACUCACUGGUGCCUGCUGGUGCGGGAGAGCGGAGCCAUGGAGAUCUACCAGCUCCCUGACUGGCGGCUGGUGUUCCUGGUGAAGAACUUCCCUGUGGGGCAGCGGGUGCUGGUGGACAGCUCCUUUGGGCAGCCCAGCACGCAGGGCGAGGCGCGCAAGGAGGAGGUCACGCGCCAGGGCGAGCUGCCCCUCGUCAAGGAGGUGCUGCUGGUGGCACUGGGCAGCCGCCAGAGCCGGCCCUACCUGCUGGUGCACGUGGACCAGGAGCUGCUGCUCUACGAGGCCUUCCCCCACGACGCCCAGCUCGGCCAGGGCAACCUCAAAGUCCGCUUCAAGAAGGUGCCCCACAACAUCAACUUCCGCGAGAAGAAGCCGAAGCCGUCCAAGAAGAAGGCCGAGGGCGGCACCGAAGAGGGGCUGGGGGCCCGGGGCCGCGUGGCCCGCUUCCGUUACUUCGAGGACAUUUACGGCUACUCAGGGGUCUUCAUCUGCGGCCCCUCGCCACACUGGCUUCUGGUGACCGGCCGGGGGGCCCUGCGGCUGCACCCCAUGGGCAUUGACGGCCCCGUCGACUCCUUUGCCCCUUUCCACAACGUCAACUGCCCCCACGGCUUCCUGUACUUCAACAGACAGGGGGAGCUGAGGAUCAGCGUCCUGCCCGCGUACCUGUCCUACGACGCCCCCUGGCCCGUCAGGAAGAUCCCGCUGCGCUGCACAGCGCACUACGUCGCCUACCACGUGGAGUCCAAGGUGUACGCUGUGGCCACCAGCACCAACGCGCCCUGCACCCGUAUCCCCCGCAUGACCGGCGAGGAGAAGGAGUUCGAGACCAUCGAGAGAGAUGACCGCUAUGUCCACCCCCAGCAGGAGGCCUUCUCCAUCCAACUCAUCUCGCCCGUCAGCUGGGAGGCCAUUCCCAACGCCCGGAUCGAGCUGGAGGAGUGGGAGCACGUCACCUGCAUGAAGACCGUGUCCCUGCGCAGCGAGGAGACCGUGUCUGGCCUCAAGGGCUACGUGGCCGCGGGGACCUGCCUCAUGCAGGGGGAGGAGGUCACAUGCCGCGGACGGAUCCUCAUCAUGGACGUGAUCGAGGUGGUGCCUGAGCCCGGCCAGCCCCUGACCAAGAACAAGUUCAAGGUCCUGUACGAGAAGGAGCAGAAGGGGCCGGUUACAGCCCUGUGCCACUGUAACGGCCACCUGGUGUCAGCCAUAGGCCAGAAGAUCUUCCUGUGGAGCCUGCGGGCCAGUGAGCUGACAGGCAUGGCCUUCAUCGACACGCAGCUCUACAUCCACCAGAUGAUCAGCGUCAAGAACUUCAUCCUGGCGGCCGACGUCAUGAAGAGCAUCUCGCUGCUGCGGUACCAGGAGGAGAGCAAGACCCUGAGCCUCGUGUCCCGGGACGCCAAGCCCCUCGAGGUGUACAGUGUGGACUUCAUGGUGGACAACGUGCAGCUGGGCUUCCUGGUGUCUGACCGAGACCGCAACCUCAUGGUGUACAUGUACCUGCCGGAAGCCAAGGAGAGCUUCGGGGGCAUGCGCCUGCUGCGCCGGGCAGACUUCCACGUGGGCGCCCACGUGAACACGUUCUGGAGGACGCCAUGUCGGGGGGCUGCUGAGGGGCCCAGCAAGAAGUCGGUCGUGUGGGAGAACAAGCACAUCACGUGGUUCGCCACGCUGGAUGGCGGCAUCGGGCUCCUGCUGCCCAUGCAAGAGAAGACGUACCGGCGGCUGCUGAUGCUGCAGAAUGCGCUGACCACCAUGCUGCCCCACCAUGCCGGCCUCAACCCCCGUGCCUUCCGGAUGCUGCACGUGGACCGGCGCAUCUUGCAGAAUGCCGUGCGCAAUGUUCUCGAUGGGGAGCUGCUCAACCGCUACCUGUACCUGAGCGCUAUGGAGCGCAGUGAGCUUGCCAAGAAGAUCGGCACCACGCCUGACAUCAUCCUGGAUGACCUGCUGGAGACAGACCGCGUCACUGCCCACUUCUAGCUCCUCUGGCUGCCUCCUACUCUCUUUUUGUACAAAACACAAAGAAAAAUUUUUGUUUGUGAAAAA